UCCUCGAAACUUCUCUCUCUCUCUCUCUUUCCCUGUCUCUUUCUCUCGUUCUUCUACUCUGCUCAUAAUAAUGGGGAACACAUCUUCAUGCGCACCAUUGAUCAUAUCAUCACACUCAUCCUCAGGAGUAGUCAAAAUCUUGGCUCCGUUCGCGGGAACUCUCGACGUUUUCUCUAAGCCCAUCAAAACCUCCGACAUCGUCUCUCGAAACUCCGGCCACUUUAUCACCGACUCGACUCUACUCCAAGUCGGCCACCGAGUCACCGCCGUGUCUCCAGACGAGUUUCUACGGCCGAGACGGCAUCUCUAUCUCCUCCUCCCGACAGACAUGCUCUUCUCUGUCUUAACACAAGAAGAACUCGCUCUCAUAUCCGACAAAGCCGCGGAGACACUCAACGAAAGCAGGUAUAACCAUUUGAAGAGAAUAUUCCCGGUUUGUAUCUUUCCGGUAACCGGAGACAGACGAAGAAACUCAUCAUCAGCUGAUGAUGAUCAACAAGACGACCAUCACGAUGGUGUGGAAAUUAUAAGAGAAACCCUAGAAGAGAAGGUACUAUACGAAUCGAAACAUGGAUCUUGGAGGCCUAAAUUGGAGACGAUCGUGGAGAGCUAAAUGCCUAAAAUCUCGAUGAUCAUUAAAUUCUAUAUAUGUAAAAAACCAACAUUCAAUCAUAGACGAGAGUACUAUUUUGUUCUUUUAUUUAUAUUUUUGUCCUGAUUUUUUUGUCCGAGUUUUACAGAGAAAUAUAUUGAGGCUUAUGUGGUUUUGGUCA